UCUUUUGUCUUUCCAGGGAGUUGACCACGCUUGGCCAUUUCCCAGAGAGGUGCCAUCCCAAGGGUGAGGGACCCAAUGGGCAGCUGUUUCCACUGAUAACAUUCCCCUGGGGGUGCCCAGGCAUCACUGCUGCCCAGUUCUGCCUACCUGAAGAUGGCUCCCGCCAACCCUGGGAUGCAGCCCAGCACCUGAGGUUCUUACCAUGGUGAUGAUCCUGAGGAGAAGCCUUGCCAACCAGGGAGCUGACUCUGUAGCAUGCAGGACCUUCAGCCCUGAACUGCACACGCCAAAGAAGAUGAGUCAAGGACCUACCCUUUUCUCUUGUGGAAUUAUGGAAAAUGACAGAUGGCGAGACCUGGAUAGGAAAUGUCCUCUUCAGAUUGACCAACCGAGCGCCAGCAUCUGGGAAUGCCUGCCUGAAAAGUGUCAGGAUAGCUCACUGUGGCACCGGGAGGCAGUGACCACCUGUGCAGUGACCAGCCUGAUCAAAGACCUCAGCAUCAGUGACCACAAUGGGAACCCCUCAGCACCCCCCAGCAAGCGCCAGUGCCGGUCACUGUCCUUCUCUGAUGAGAUGUCUAGCUGCCGGACAUCAUGGCGGCCCUUGGGGUCCAAAGUCUGGACUCCUGUGGAGAAGAGACGGUGCUACAGUGGUGGCAGUGUCCAGCGCUACUCCAAUGGCGCCAGCACCAUGCAGAGGAGCUCCAGCUUCAGUCUCCCUUCCCGCGCCAAUGGGCUGUCCUCGCCCUGCCACCAGGCGGGACUACAUCGCUUUGGGGGACAGCCCAGCAGCCAAGGAGUGCUGGGCUCACCCCCCUGUGGAUGGGCAGGCGACCCCUGGAGCCCUGACCCACACCCUGUGGGUGGGGGCCGGCUAGACCUUCAGCGGUCCCUCUCCUGCUCACAUGAGCAGUUUUCCUUCACAGAAUAUUGUCCUCCCUCAGCCAACAGCACACCUGCCUCAACGCCAGAGCUGGUGAGACGUUCCAGCGGGCUGUCCCGCAGCCGCUCCCAGCCGUGUGUCCUUAACGACAAGAAGGUUGGUGUGAAACGGCGGCGCCCUGAAGAUGUGCAGGAGCAGAGGCCUUCCCUAGACCUUGCCAAGAUGGCACAGAACUGUCAGACCUUCAGCAGCCUCAGCUGCCUGAGCACGGGGAUGGAGGACUACAGCCCCCAGAGCUCCUUCGCUGUCCACACCAGCAGCACCCGGUCCUGGGCCACCUUGCUUUCAGCCUCCAGCCCGGGGGGCAGGACCCCUGCUGGGACCCCAGUCCCUGAGCCUUUUCCCCCUUCCUUUGACGACCGCCUCACCUGCCAGGAGGACCUGUCCUGUGAGGAAUCAGAUGGCUGCACCCUGGACGAGGAUUGUGGCAGAAAGCGGGAGCUGGCCCCACCCUGGAGGGACUGCGGGGCCCCUGGGAACGGCUUCUGCUCUCUGGAUGGCGAGUUGGACAUUGAGCAGAUAGAGAAUAACUGAGGGGCUGGUGCCCAGGCCCAGGGUGGGAGUACUUCCCUCUGGGCCCUCUGUGGACACUGGUAGGGGAACCCAGCCCCUUCCUGGGAGGUCCCAGGGAAGAGCUCUCUGGCUCUGUGAAGGCUUGCCUGGCCGUGCCCCACAGUGGGACGUCGGUCUCUCACCAGCCGUCAAGCACAUCAGCCAGCAGGUCCAUGGAACUACUGUAGCCCACACAGCAGCUUUUUGGUUUUCUUUUUGCCUUGUUCCUUGUGGGAUGUUGGGCAGUUAUUCCCGGCAGGGCUAGGCCCACACUGGACCCCCCAGGUGGGGAUGCGGGGAGGCUCAGGGCUGGGGCCAGGUCCGUUGGGCCAUGUCUGAGCUCUGCUUGGCCUCGCUCAGGUUCACUCUGGGAGUCGGCCCCAGUUUCUCACUCAUUUUAUUCUGUGCCUUCUUUCCCAGGUCUCCCUGCUCUGAGGAAGGUUCAGGGGACACUCCUGUAGUAACACCAGAACCGUUUGGCCUUAAUCCCACGUGGAGGCGCUGGUGCCCCUGAGGGUAAGCCUAGGUCUAGACUCCAGAUGCCAGGGAAGACUCGGUGCUUGUUAGAGGCCAUCCACAUUGGGUAGAAAUUUGGUGGAUCUGUUGGCUGAAAGGCAGAUCCUCUUCCCUCUCCAGGGUCAUGGAGUGCCUGCUCCGCGCUCUGCCCCUUCAGGGGCUGCCUUGGCUGCUUGGUGAUGGCAGCCAUAUAUUCACAGCUCCCCAGUCCCUGAGUCAUGAACUUGGUGGACUCGAGUGAGUGAGGUGUUGUGACAAGAGGGUGACUUCUUAAAAGUGCCCUCAGGAGACAGGAACACGAGCAGGUGCACAAAUCCAGACCCUGUGCAGGUUUCAGUGGUGAAGGAUGUCUGGGUCUGUUCUUGGGGGCCAGGGAGGGCCUUCAAGCCCCCUGCAGUGUCCCCAGCACAUUCUCCAGUGUUCACAGGCACCCAAGCUUUAGUCAAAGUGCACUGACCCCUGCAAGAGUUGCAGUCCCGUCUGCUGAGGGAGCCAGUCCUAGGAGCUGCCUUCCCAAGGUAGCCCCAGCACCAGCAUGGCCUGACUCGCACCUACACCCUUCCCGGCUCCUCUCCCCUGGCACAGCCCAUCCCUCGGGAUAUGUGCUUAGGAGCCCCAGUCCACCUCUCACAUACGUCACAGUCCUCCACGCUCUGGGAAUCUGGCUUUUAGCAACUUGGCAUUUUCUACAGACGAUAGCAAGUGGGCUGGCUUUCGAGUGAGUGGCUCAUUUUCCCAUAAGGCUAAAAAUCUCUGGUGUAUUCUGUGUUUGCUGACCUGUGAUAGGACAGUCACUUUGCUUUUGCUUCCCUUCCACAGACCAGUGGAUGCCUCACAGUUUAAGUCCAGAUGUGUAUCACUUUUCUUCAGAAAGACCUUGGUUGGAAAACUGUCUAAACCUUUACUUUUUACAUCAAAGGGGUAGUGGCUGUGGUUUUGAUUUGUAGGUGAUGUUUCUUUCAACUCAGCUAUAAGGUGUUUGCAGGAAGCCCAUCUCCCCGGGAGAGGCCAACAUAAUGAGGAUGCCCAGCACAUCCUGUGGUGGAGACCCAGCUCACCUCAGUUUGCUGUGGCUCCUGUCAGAGGUCUGAGAAGCCAAAGCAGAGUGCAGGCAGCUCUGGGUGGACAGAGGCAUGGUGCCUCAUCCCUGCCUGCUAAUGGUGGAGGCCCUGUCUUCUCAGAACAAGUGUGGAGGAGGAGGAGGAGGAGGAGGAGGGUAGCAGAGAGGAUGUGGUGAGCACAUGCCAGUGCCUUCUUCCCAGAAAACCAGGAUGGGGUUUCUGGUACCUGGUGUAGCCAUACCGAGAGUGGUGACAGUGGGAGCGCAGACCUUCCUAUGGAAGGCAGAGGUAGGAUUCCACCUGGUCCCCUCUGCAGGGCCAGCUAAGGCCAAGGCAUGGAGCAGCCACCAGCUUCCUCUCCUUAGGGCCAGGGUAGGAGGCACCUGCUGGCAGGUGUGUCACACAGCUGUAGUGAGGGGAGCUCACUGAGUCACAGCCUUGUCCUCCUCACCUCCCCAGUCAGUCCCAGGGUCUAGGAAGCCCAGCCCCAGGGUAUUAAGGACAGAAAUGCUCCAGGCCCACAGAGGGUUUGGCCCUUUCCAGCCUCACAAGCCCAUCUUAACUGUUCCCACCCCACCAAAGCUCCUAGCCCAGGCACACGGCAGCAGCAAUUGAGGGAUAAGAUGGUAGUGUCCUUUCUGGUUAUACAAAGAAAUGACCUCCAGUUCACUGUGUUUCUCUUUUGAUUGGCCAAAGCGGGCCCCAUGUAGGAGGUGUCCUGCUGACUUUUCCGCAGCCACACUGUUCUGUACUACACCCUGCUCGCCCGAGGACUCUCUUGGUGCUGUUGGGCAGGAAGAGCACCCAGAAGGCUCCCUCUGGUCCCUUCAUGGUUUUCCCAUGGGCAGUGGGCAGGUGGGCUCACCCUCACCCGCAUGGUGGCCUCAGCUGGUGGCAGCAAUAGGAGCCUUGCUUUUUUAGGCCACACAUGAGUUCUGCCCUGGAUGGAGGCUGAGAAAAGUGUAGGCCUUGGAGAGUAGGCUGAGCCAGGCCAGCUGCCUGCCUGGAGGCCUGGAAGGAUGAGAAUAAAGUAGGAAGAAGGGUUUCCUGACACAUGGUAACCCCAUUCACUCCAGAAGCUGCUGGACUGACAAGUCUGCCUAGGUGCCCAGGCCUGUGUCAGGGCUGCGUCUUAAACCUUUACUUUACUGCAAACUUUCUUGCCUUAUUCAUGGGCUGUGGAGGCCAGAGCCUGGCCCAGAGCCCGAGCAGACUCACAUCCAGGCCCCAGGGAGCUUGUUCCUAUCAUACAUAGGGAUUUUCAUUCUCAGAAAGCCUUACCUUUCAAUGAAACUUUUGUAUCAGGAAAGUUUUUUAAUUUGUACGCUGAAUGAAAAAUCUAAGAAAAGGAAAAGGCCACAUAAAAAUGAAAACCCAUUUCCAGAUGGGGCUCCUAGUGCAGAUGAGUGUGAUGCUGUGAAACUGCCAAGGCAUUUAGGGCACUGCCUGCCUGAGCAAGCACACCCCUAGGUCCUGUGGACAUGGGGGUGGUCAGCUGAACACCGGGCUCCGGGAGCCCUGCCUAAGCACUCUGCCCACGGAGGCCCACACACUGCUGAUCAAACCCCUCCCGCUGGUGCCAGAGGAGACCAUUCUUCUUAGAGACGACAAAGGUGGUUUUAACAAGUCGCAGCCUAAAGUGGAGCUCUCGUAGCCUAGGUAGGAUAGUCUGACCUUCUAGCAUAGUUUUGUUGGCAAAUGAGUUGAGUUGUCAGUGCGUGGGGGUGAUGUCGGGGCUUGGGGGACAGAUAGCACGCAGACCGCACUAGGGCCCAUGUAUUUCUCCCACCCAUGUGCCGUCAUGUUGCAGGGCUUCAGGAAUCGUGGUAGCCGGGUGGUCCUGGGCCAUGUCCUUGCUAGGGCAAAGCAGACUGCACACAGAGGCACUGCAUCUGUCCUCCUGUUUCCCUCCACACCCUGCCCUCCCACGCAGGCCAUGACUGUCUUGCACUAGAGCUGCUCUAGUCUCAGGAAUUUGCUUGUUACUUUUACUGUGUAAAUAAAGCUUCCUGGCUCAACAUUCAA